GCAUCCAAUGAGGUGUGUUACCAUUCAGAGCCAUGCUACAGAUGAACCUACACCUCUGAUGGUCCUCCUUUCUCUGACACCUCACAGUGGAGGCCAGGCCAGGGUUCUGUAUUCCUAUGGCUGAAGCAAAAUGCCUGUUCCUGGUGAACAUAAAGGAUGAAGUGGAUGAUGUUGUUGCCACACCCCUAAUUUACAAAAAUAAUCUGGACUGAAUUAACUGAAGACCCGAGGUGGUGCAGGACUACCAAAACUGAGAAAGAAAGCAUUUGAGGACAUUGCUGUGUCAAGUGGUCCAAAGUGGGAAAGUGGAGUAGUUUUAUGUUGAUGUCUGAAGAUGCUGACGAUCACUAGCUCCACAAUCUUUCUGCUUCAGGUAAACGUGCUGAGGAUACCUUAUUGGGAGGUUGCUGUGUUCCAAUUCCUAAAUGGAUUAUUACAUUAUGGAUUUUAAUGGUUGAUGUCACCUAGGUCAUCAUGGAUUUUCAUCUUUGACAGCUGACACUGCUCUCUGGUUAUGUUUGUACACUGUAAAAACACACACACAUGUUUUUACAGUAAGUUACUGGCAGACAGUUCUGUAAAUUACUGUAAAAAAAAGUACAGUAUGUUACCGUAAAUUACAAAUAAACCUUGGUUUAAAAGUACAUUACUGUAAAGAAGUGCUUUCUUUGGAAUUUACAGUAACAUACUGUACUUGUUUUUACAGUAACUUACAGGUAGGUAACUGCUUCCAGUAUGUUUUUUACAAUGUAGCCUCGUACACUGAUCAAUAUAAGGACCUACCACACUAUUAUGAAAUGUAAAUGAGGUUUUAUCUUAGACUAACGUGAGUGUGUGUCCCAAGGCACUGCCAUGGCAGUGGAGGUCUGCUUGAGUAUUCAGUCACACAACACUCCACCCUCAGACAAGCAGUGGAGUCCCCUACCCCCUCAUGGAGUCAGUCAGGACACCCCAGUCGAAGUACACGUUGGUGGGGGAGGUGAUACGUCACGUCAUCCCUGGAGCCACACAAUGCUCCAUAGGGUGUGGAGGUCAGAACUGCAAGUAUGAGAACCCUGACCGCUGGAGCAAGGACAAGCAAGCCAUCAAAGGCCUUUACUCCUCCUGGGUCACGGAAAACCUACUUGCCAUGGCCAGACCAUCUACUGUAUUAAUAGAAAAGUACAACAUUAUUGACCAAUUUAAAAGAUGUGGCCUGAAGACAGUGAUAAACCUGCAGAGACCUGGGGAACACGCCAGCUGUGGUCCCAAUGGACUGGAAUCAGAGAGUGGAUUCUCCUACCAACCUGAGGUCUUCAUGGAGAACAACAUAUAUUUCUACAACUUUGGUUGGAAUGACUAUGGGGUGGCCUCCCUCGCAUCCAUCCUGGACAUGGUGAAGGUCAUGUCCUUUGCGAUGCAGGAGGGGAAGAUGGCUGUCCACUGUCAUGCUGGUCUGGGAAGAACAGGUGUGUUGUUAGCGUGUUACCUGGUCUUCGCCACCAGGAUGACCGCUGACCAGGCCAUCGUGUUCGUACGUUCCAAACGACCUAACUCCAUCCAGACCAGAGGUCAGCUGUAUUGCGUGCGGGAGUUUGCCCAGUUCCUGGUCCCUGUCAGGAGUAUUUUCCACUGCGCUGAGCCCAGGACUAACCCCAUCACCCUGUCCCAGUUCCUGACCCGCCAGGGACACAUGCUGCAUGGCUAUGAGCGCCGGGAGCUCAGGCACCUGCCCAAGAUCAUCCAGGUGAUCUGCAAGCUGCUGCUGGACAUCGCUGAGAACCGGCAGGUCAUCGAGGAGGACAUGCUGGACAUCCAUGACAUGACGGCCGAGGAGGAGAUUGAGUUUGAGCGCUAUCGUGACUUUGGAUUCACCAAGGGAAGCUUCGGGGGAGGCGGCCUCGGAGGGCAGCCCCGCUUACCGGGACCCCCAACCAAACCCCGGCAUGCCAACGAACCGCCCCUGUUCUACCACCGCAAGAGCCUGAGCUACAGCGAGUCGGACCUGCGAAGGCUGGGCUCUGAGCUGAACCUGCCGACCCUACCUCUCUCCAACUCGCUGUCCGCUUGCAACAUGUCUGUGGCCUGUUCUCCCUCCCUGAACUCCCUGCCUAGGACCCCGGCCACAGGCAGCCCCAUGGGGCCCAGGCAAAUAACCACCACCUACGGCACCCAAGAUGGAUCCCUCUGGGAGCAGAAGAGCCUCGCGGAGGGAUCACCGCUCCUAAAGAAGACACAGAAAGCCUGCCAGCGCAGCGAGUCUGAGUGCAACCCCGAGAAGAAAGGGUAUAGCAGCAUGUUGUUUAGGUGGAAGGAGGAGCAGAGGGACAAGUUAGCGAACAAUGGUGAUGUGUCUCAGAUAGAGGAGUCAGAGGUGCCCUUCAUCACCAUCCAGACAGAGUUGUCCAAGGAGGCCAGGCGGCUGCUGGUGGCCCAGGCCCUGGCUGUGGAUCUGGAGCAGGAUGGAGAGGAGGAGCACAGGGAGAGACUACAAGCUUGGCAGUCAGAGUUGAACAUGGGAGGGGCAUGGGAGAGGCUGUGUACAUUGGAGAAGGACCCGUUUGUGCUCUCUGGGCUGAUGUGGACCUGGCUGGAGCAGCUGAAGGAGCCAGUCAUCUCCAUCAAGGAUAUACAGAAUCUGGACCGUAACAACAGUGACCCUGCAAACCCAGAGGCUGUCUUCAAACCACUGGACCAGGCUCCCAGGGAGAUGUUAGUGUGCAUUCUGGACUGUAUGGCUCAUGUUCUCACAAUUCCAGAGGAGGUGGAGGCUGCUUUCCUGGAGCGCACCAUCAAGGCUUUCACAAAGAUGGGAAAAGGCUCAGCGGUGUAUCCGGACAUGACAGAGAUCCUUAGGCUGGUCCUACACGACAUGAGGUUUAUAGCCAUAGCGGAGGAUGAGGUACUAGAUAUGGCGCCCAUUCCUACUGUACUGAUCCCAUAAACCUUCUGUAUUCUGUUCCAGACCAUUCCUUGCUAUACUAAAACAUAUUUUGUGCCUUCCUGCGCAGUUUGGAUAGUAUGUCACAUACAAUAUUUUGUCAUUAAGUAUUGUAAGUAAGUGUAUUGUAUAUGAAAUAUGAAAUAUCACUUUCCAAUGUUUACCUCUGUAUUGUACAGUUAAA